UUAUAGUACACGAUUACCGAAUCCAGAUAUGGUCUAGUACUGCGUGUCGGUAGAGAAUGAUCUUGUUGCCGGCGCAGCGUGGUACAAUCGAAAAACGUCUGAUGCUGAGGCCGUCCACCAGUGCUGUGGGUUUGUGUUUGUGAGGACAGGUUGAAGUAGACCAAAGCGAUCGCAUCGACCCGGAUUCGUGGUGAUGAGUGAGACUGCGGCUUCCGCAGCAAGCGCUUCGGUUCCGGACCAGCUUGCUGCCUACUGCGCGCAGCAGGGGUUUUCGGACUUCGCACGGUACUGCACGUCCAGCAAGACCGGACAGUGCCAGAUCACUCAGACGGUGGAAGAGGUGGUGCAAUCUUUGCUGAAAAGCCGCCCGGCCGACCCCCGUCGAUUCCUUCUACAAAAACUGCGGGAGGAGUAUCCGCUUGAAAAGUUUUCGGUUGCGGCUGCGCACGGCUCUUGCGACCACGACAUCGGCGUUGACCGGUUCAUCCGCCUUUUUGAGGCCACACGAAACAUAACUCACGAAAUCGUACUGAGUUCUUUUUGUCUCCGAUACUACUAUCUAACUUAUUUCGAGUUCGCGAUUAUUCAACAUCCGUACAUCGUGUAGGUCCACGACUCUUAUCUUUAAUUGUGGUUUAUCUUAUCAAUCACGUGUUCUUUCCGCCAGGAUACUAAUGGACUGCGAUAGAAGAAGAUUUAUGAAGCCUCUUUGUUUUUCCGACCGAGCCGAUCUUCACUGAUAUUGCGAAAAAGAAUGCUUAUGUUUUAUUUUUUUUCUACGGUAAUAAACAAACUGUAAACUCCUGCAUAAUCUGUAAGUAUAAUAAAGAAGAUAUGACUUUCUUCACAGGUCCCCGCGGAAUCGAUCAACAUCUGCAUCAAGGAGAGCGUGAGGCUACUGCAGUGUGAUCGGUAUCCAAGAAAAAAAGUGUGUAAGUGUAAUCGUGUGGGACGAGCAGCAUCACAAAUUCGCUUUGCAUUACAGAAAAAAACCUGUCAUGCGCAGCUCGUACGUGAAAACACGUAUAAAACAUGGCUAUGACGCACGUCCAGCAUGACAAAAGCUACUGUUUUGCACUUUCUGCAUCACAGACUUACACUCACACACUUUUUUUCUUGCAUAAUCGGGUAAGCAUCUUCAUCUACGACAAGAAAAUCAAAAUGCUGAUCUUGUCUGCCUCGAACCUGUCUAAGCCUAUACGCGUAAACCCGGGGCAGGGAAUCGCGGGGCACGUCUUCAAGACCGGAGAAACUGUAAGUCGUACCCAUUGUUUUUGUUUUUUCUUGUAGCAGUGACGUACAGGAUCAGGAGGUUCUUCUUGCUUGAUGAUCCACAAGGCUCCUGAACGAGGAACAUAAGUUUUAAUAAAAGCAAAUUGUGUACUAGCUAUAGCAUUCGCAGAGGUAGUUUAGCAGGACGCUUGAUACGAUAAUCAUCAUCUGGAAAAGUAGCAUGCUGGACCUGUGUCUCUGAUUAAUUUCCAUCCAGGUGAAUAUUGCAGAUUGUUACCGAGACUCGCGAUUUGAUCCCUCUUUUGACCAACUGACGGGGUACCUCACCAAGUCAAUUCUCGUGAAGCCAAUCUUGGACUUUGAGGGAAACGUCACAGGAGUGUUGCAGGCAUUGAACAAAGGUAAAUGAGUUGUACUGGUGAAAGUCCUACAGGGCUACUACUUUUUUCAGUAGAACUUCUCUAAUGAGACAGCACACCACGGCGCAGUCAACCUGAACCUGAUGCCUGAUCACCUUGAGUUCUUGCAGAUUGUUGCCAAAGUUUGUCGUUGAACAAAUCCAUUUAUACUGAUCAAUCUGAUCAGAUCAGAUCAAUAGGUAUGAUAGCUAGCAGUUUUAUACGAGUACUAUCUCACGACACUCAAGCUCAUUUUAAAGUUAAACCAUGAUGAAUAACUACUUUAUUUUACCAGACGACGGGCUCACCACGGUGUUUACCGAGGCGGACGAGAUUGUGAUUCAAAACUUCAUGCAGCUGGUUGGGAUUACGCUACGUAACGCGGAGGUGUACAAGGACGCGAUCGCGCAUUGCAAGCGGGCGCAGGGAAUGAUUUCGAUGUUGAACUUAUCAAAUGUAAAAAUGUCUGGGUCUGGAUGAAGAAUGCAACUUGUCAUGCUAAAUCUGGAGCAUGCAAAAAUCUGUGUUGCAUGAUUACGAAAAGUCGUCCAGUUUUGACCAAGUCGGGAGGGAGUUUCUCAUGCAGGAUAGGCAUGAGAGAGAUCGCACAGAAUCUGUCAUGCUAGGUCCUGCAUUCCAGACUUCAUGGGUCAUGGAAAAGCAGCAUGACAAAUCGCGCAUUCUUCCAGACCCAGACAUUUUUGCAUUUUAUAGAACUCACUCCCCAAGAAUCUGGGCUCCCAGAGCAUGAUCCUGACGAUCACGAUAUCCUAAGUACUUCGUUAAAAUCCUGCCCACCCUGGAUUCAUUUUUCGUGCAAAUUCGCAUGGUCACGGUGAGGAUGUCUCUGCUCAUGCGCAGCCCCAUAAGUUGUACAGCUUUUUGUAUAUGGUGUUUUGGAUUUUGUGUAUGCAAGUUAAGAUUUUCAUUUUGUGUAAUAUGAUGCGGCCGGCGCACUAGCUAUCCACGAUGUCGAUCACGCCGCGAGUCCAAACUCGUCAUCCACAGCAGCCAAGCCUUGUUGAUUUGUGUAGCAAACAAGUCCGCACCUUGACUAGGAGAGGGGGACGGGUCGUUAGUUACACAGGAUAUACGACCCACGCACACGAGUUGGUGCAGAGUGACCAGUGUGCCGUGUUCCUGCACGAGGAGAGCAGGGGCACCCUGUGGAGCUUGUCCGGGUCGCACGAGCUGCGCAUCCCCGACCACGUGGGGAUCAGCGGGGCGGCCCUACGGCAAAAGAAGACCAUCAAUUCCGAAAACGUUCAGGAGGAUCCUCUAUGCGUUCUUGCAAACGUGUCUGGUUCAUCUGGAACAGAGCCAAACUGUUCUGCACGACAGCACGGAAGUCUGUUUAUCAAUGCGUGCAGCGGAGACAUGCAAAGUGAAAAGAAGCGCCAUGGACAUAAGUAUUAUAUAUGCAAUACUUACUUGGCCAGGUAUAAUCAUGAGAAACGCUGCAGUACAGGUGGGUGCAAAAUACUGACUGAUGCGAAAAAUACUAGCAUCACAUGAACAAGUCUCGUGCAAAUUUUCAGGCCCAGAGGACAGAUCGAUUUUCUGUGCAUAUCCCCGAUACUGCGACCACGAGAACCUCUGCUGUACGGGCACGACCGCAUCGGCGGCCGCGAUCGCGGGGGAGCCGGCCACGCGGCCGGAGACUAUGCUGGUCGUUCCCCUGCAACCCGCGAACAGCGAACGGGUCCUGGGUCUCGUGUAUCCCACAGAAAAAGAGGACAGGGCAAAAAUACAUAUACGCGAAAAAAAGAUCUGUAUUUUUGCAUUAUAUCCCAACGACCAGCACGCUACGGGUACGGGCUCGCCCAUGACUAAGAUCAUUUCCCGGUGAAUUUAUUUUUGCAUAUACAAGAAAUUAUAAAUAUGCCCUGAGCCACGGCCACCUGCCUGUCUUUUUAUGUGGGAUAUCGUGGUAAUGCAGAACAAGCGGGAGUUUGACGGCGAGAUCUCCACGUUUAACGACGAGGACGCCGAAGUGAUGGAGACCUUCGCGAAGCUUGCGGCAGACCGGUUAAAGGACUCCGCGUUGCUUGCCGACUACGGAAGUGUCAGGUGUGAAAUCGACAAAGCUGAAAUGAUUUGUAAAAAUGCAUAAAGUCGGAGUCGGUAGGUGUACAACCUGUACCGCGGCUUAGACAUUCUUGAGCUUGACAACCUGUCACGUCCGGGGUACGUGACAGAUUUUCCGAGCACCGAAAUCAAAUUUGUGCAUGCUCUUAGGGCAAAAGAGACAUCCUCUGUCGUGCUACUUUCGCAAGCUCUAUGUUGAGCUCCAAACAGGCUUACAAUGAAUCGCCCUCACUUGCGUGCCUUUGAAAAAUAUAGGUACUACUUAGUUUGUGCGUUAUCGCAACAAAUUUUUUCAACUUUGUCGAUUUCGAUGCUGACGCUUCGAUACUGACACCGCGCAUCCCCGGCUGACCGAGGCCGGGCGGAUUUUUGGCCACGUGGACCACCGGGGGCAAGCCGGGAUGAAUAUCAAAUGUAAAAAUGUCUGGGUCUGGAAGGUUGCGAACUUCUUGUGAUGCAUACUUAGAUCACACAAAAAUCUGUCAUGCUAUAGACAGCAAAAGGAGCUCUGUUUCCUGUCGCCGAAAGAAGGUGUUUGUCAUGCGGAUUAUGCAUUGGGAAACCCUCUUAAAACCUGUGAUGCUAGGCUUUCCAUGCAACACCUUCUCCGUCAAGCAGACACAGCAUCACAAACCUCAGCAAUCUUCCAGACCCAGACAUUUUUGCAGUUCAUAAUGAACGGGCAGACACUAAAUGCGGCCGUCGGAAAGAAGCUUUCCGCACCGUCAGCAGCGGGGGCUGCGGCCGCCGACCCGACAGGGUCCGGGACGUUGGGGUUCACGCGGGCGCGCCAGUCGGCCUACCGCAAGGCGGACCAGGCUGCGAUUCGCGAGGUGGACGACGAAGAGGACGAGUUUUCGCCCGAGUUCUCGCCGAAUAUCCUAGAGCAAAAAGCUAGAAGCCUACUAUCAUAUUUGUAAACGCAAGGACAAUAUUAGUAGAUACCGAUGGAUAUUACGCAGAGAUGUUGAAAUCUUUCUUGUAUAGCAUAAGCUAGCACCAUGGUUUAUGGUAAUAUGGGCCCGGCGCCCAGUCAGGGCCCUGGUGCGAGCUAUUCGUUGGUUGAUUCUUGUUCAUUUGUUUUUGCAUUUACAAUUGUAUAUUAUAUAUGCUGUGCUAGCUUUUUGUUCUUUCUUUGUCAUACCGAACGGCCGCAGCUCAGUGACGGGGCGAGCCGCGAGUCCGCGCAACAGCCGCCUCUCGCAGAACAAGGCUAGCAAAGGAGACGUGGACCGAUUGCUGCAAGAGAGCCUGGAGCGGGCCGCGUCCGACGAGUCUAGCAAGCGGACCAGUGUCGAGGUCGCUUCGCCGGGCGCUCCGCCGACGUUGCUGAGUGCGUCUCCCGGCGGGAAGUAGUCGCGCCAAAACCACGCUGAGUGGUCACAAGGAAGUGGUGGUAGGGCCAACAAAAGCGGGGGUCAGAAAAAUUGAUGUUCUUGACUCUUGUCUAGUAUUUCUUUGUUGCCGUGGUGACAUCUCCAUGAUCGAAUAUGUAAUUUAGUACAUGUAACUGUGUUGAGUAGCUCAUCUUGCCGAUGCGGACUUGGGCCUCCGAAGAUACAAAGUACCUACCCUUACACUGAUGCCCUUGCUCGUGCAGAUGUAUCCUGAGUAUCACUGUCAGUUGGAAUAGUGGCGAGUAGCAGGAAGUAUGAACAUGUAGUUGAUAACAACGGUGCCUUCCGUUUCUGAGAAUUUUUUUUUUGAAAUGUAGAGACAAAGCGAGAGCAUAUUCACGAGCGCACCGGUUGGCCAAUUUCCAUAUGAGUUUAGACUACGAGUCAAUCUUCAAUUGCGGACGGACCACCUCCUCUUUUACGGUUUAAAUAAAAAGACUUGAUGUCCUCGUGAUGUGCGGAGAGUGAUGAGCACAGAGCUCUACUAAGUAUCGAAUGGCAUGAUUCAGUACGUAGAUCCUAACUUGGCGCAAAGCGAAGGGAACAUUCGAUUCUCGAAUGCAAAAGAAAGUACUUUUUAUCCUCUGCCACCUUGAGUGAGCAAGCUGGAGGAGAUUUCUUGUGACAAAAG